CACACAUACACGCAGCAGACACACCAACGAGAAUUGUGUACAUUUUUAUGUGUAAUUUAUGAUUUUUGUGUUAUGUACAAUUUUGAAGCACACGAGAAAUCACACCCAAGCACAACAAACAAACAACAACAACACCCGAAGAAUUAGCAAACAAACAAACUGAAAAAACGCAAAAACAACGAAACCCUUUCCACAACAGCUAGAAAAAUGGCCAAAAUGUACGGAAAGGGUAAGACGGCCAUCGAAUCGGAGGAACAACAAAAACGACGCUGGCAAAUCGAACUGGAGUUUGUGCAGUGCCUGUCCAAUCCCAACUAUCUCAACUUUCUCGCACAGCGCGGUUACUUUAAGGAUCCGUCGUUUAUCAACUACCUCAAGUAUCUGCAGUACUGGAAAGAGCCCGACUAUGCCAAGUAUUUGAUGUAUCCCAUGUGCCUAUACUUUCUCGAUCUGCUGCAAUACGAGCACUUUCGACGCGAGAUCGUUAACAAUCAAUGCUGCAAAUUUAUCGAUGACCAGGCCAUACUACAGUGGCAGCAUUAUACUCGCAAGCGCAUCAAACUCAUCAACUCGGUGCAGGAGAAUGCUGCAGCAGCAGCAGCUGCACAACAGCAGCAGCAGCAACAGCAGCAGCAGCAGCAACAACAAAGCAAUGGCGGCAGCGGCAUCUUGGCGCCCAGUGAAGCAGCCACUGUCGCGGGCAUCGAGGCGGCCAAUCCGCAGCAGCAGGCGACGCUGCAGAAUGGCAACAGCUCGGCCGCGACGGCGACACAGUCACAGCAGCAGCCGCGGGAGCCAGCGCCAACUCAGACUCAGGUGUUGUCCGUGUCGCAGCAGCCCCAGCAGCAGCAGCAGCAACAACAACAACAGCAGCAACAACAACAAAUGAAUGGACUGGCCGCUAGUGGAGCUAUGAAACUAGAAUUAAAUUAGCACAGUGCUAUUCAAGAAAGAAAAACCAUAAUAAAUUAGACUAAGAGACAGAACACAGAAAGGACUUCUAGAGCAAAUAUCAAACAACAGCAAACAAAAGCGACUAAUAUGUCGUGUAGGCAAACAUUCGAUUCAAGAGCGAGCUCUAACUGAGAUACGUCAGUUUUCGAGUACAUAUAUGCUCUUUCAGAAAUGAGCAGAGACACGUUUGAAUCUUUUUACCCUUGCAGAGGCAUCUCUGAACCCGUAGACAGUCUGUCUGUCUGUCUGUAAAUCUUGUAUUAAACCGACUUUUUGUCGCAGGCAGUAAAGAUGUUGGAGUUGCCCAAGUCGGCGCUGAUUAUAUGAAAUCUUAAAGCCGGAUACUCCAUGCUCGACUGCCCAGAUGACCGUACUUCAGGACUGAGAACUGCCUCAAAUAAUUUAGCAUAAAAUCGAUUUCUGGAAAUUGCCUUUGGAUGACAUUUGUAGAGUAGACAUUUGAAGAUAUAUGAAAUCGAAAUCUGUCAGCAAAUAUCCCCUGAUUAACUCUUGUCGCUGCCUUUGAAUGUUGGUUGAGUAGCAGAUGAACUUGUUUAUAAUUAAAACUAUAACUUUCAGGCUCCAGCGAGGUUCUGGCCCAGAAGGGCCACUUCUAUGGCGUGUACCU